ACCAAACUUGUAAUAACGAUCAUCUAGGUCCCUCUCUGCUUCUUCUCGACUCUUCUUUACCAAAAUCAGUUGGUCUCUCUUUCUCUCUCUCUCUCUCAGCUUCCAAAGUCUUCAUCUUUCUCGACAAUAUCUGAACCUUGUCUGAGAAUCAUUUGAAUAAGAUCAUUCUUCGUCACCGAUCCACUUUCUGAUUUAGCUUAAUGGAACAAUUCAACAGUGAUGAAGUCUCAUAUCUUGAUGACAAGUCCAUUAGAGCAACAAAGAAUGAUUCUGACUUUUCUGACUCUGAUUUUGAGGAUGAUUUUGAAACGAAGAAGAUGGAGACUGAUACAUCAGCUCAAGAGGCAAGAAAUGGUAAAGACAUUCAAGGGAUUCAGUGGGAAGGGUUUAAGUAUACUAGAGACGAGUUUCGCGAGACUAGAUUGAUACAAUAUGAGAACUUUGUCAAUAUCUUAACGCCUAGCUCUCGGGAAAAGCUCGAUAAGGAACAUCGGAAAGUUGAGAAAGGAAAGAACUUUUAUGAGUUUCAAUUCAAUACAAGGCUUGUCACAUCCACUAUUGUGCAUUUUCAGCUGGAACUUCGGAAUUUGGUAUGGGCGACAUCAAAGCAUGAUGUAUAUCUAAUGCAAAAUUAUUCACUCAUGCACUGGUCAUCUCUUCUACAGAGAGGGAAAGAAGUAGUGAAUGUCGCCAGAUCAGUUACCCCCACUCAGAAACUACCUGGAUUGUUUUCUGAGCCACUCUCCAGGGUGCAAGUUAGCAGCAUGGCAGUCAAAGAAAAUCUGAUCCUGUUAGGAGGGUUCAACGGGGAGCUUCUCUGCAAGUGUGUAAACCAGCCUGGGGUUGCUUUUUGCACAAGAUUGUCAACAGAAGAUAAUGCCAUCACAAACACAGUUGAUAUAUACCGAAGCCCAAGUGGCUCCCUUAGGCUUAUAACCGCAAAUAAUGACUGUAAAAUACGGGUAUUCGAUGCUCAGAGCUUUACACGUGUCAGUGAAUUUGCUUUUGAUUGGUCUGUCAAUAAUACCUCAGUUAACCCAGAUGGAAAGCUACUCGCUGUACUCGGGGAUAGUACAGAAUGCUUGAUCUCUGAUUCACAUUCUGGAAAAGUUAUUUCAAGCCUCAAAGGCCACAAAGACUACUCGUUUGCAUCCGCUUGGCACCCGAAUGGUCUAAUCUUAGCAACUGGAAACCAAGACACGACAUGCCGUCUCUGGGACAUUCGGAACCCAUCAGAAUCAUUCGCUGUUCUGAAAGGAAACAUGGGAGCCAUCAGAGGACUGAAGUUCACACCAGAAGGACGGUUUCUUGCUAUGGCUGAGCCUGCAGACUUUGUUCACAUCUUCGACACGCAGUCCGGGUUUCUACAGUCCCAAGAGAUUGAUCUGUUUGGAGAAAUAGCCGGGAUCUCCUUCAGCCCCGACACAGAGGCACUAUAUGUUGGGGUCGCAGACCGCACCUAUGGAAGCUUGAUGGAGUAUAAGAGGAGAAAAGAUAAUCACUAUAUGGACUCCUUUUUCUGAGAAUAGGUAAAUGGAAAUUAAAAAGCAUCUAAAAAAUGUAUUCACAAUUCGGGUUUUACCCUUUUAGUGUGUAUAUGUAGACAGAAACAUAAUUGUAUUCAUUUUAGUACGAAUAAUUGGUAUUUUAUAUCUGUUAUGCAAGUGUAGGAAUCAGUGUUUGUAUGUAACCCUUGUACUCUUGUACCAUAAUAUAUCUUGCCAAACUUUAUCUUUUGUUGUAAGACUUCUAAGUAAAAGUCUGGUUGUGGA